GUUAAACCAGAGGAGGGCAUGGUUCAUUAUCAUAGCUCCCCUUUAUACACCUAGGCGCAUGCAGUCUGAGUAUCCGCCAUAGCCUGCCAUUUCGUUUGGGGCAUAAAGUGCUGGGCUUAACUGAAUACGAUCAGCCCAAUCGGUAUAAUGUUCCUCGGUGUUAGGGGUCAGCUUAGAAGUGCCCAGGUAUCAUGUUCAGAAAUCUGUAUUGCCAGUACUACAUAAGCCUAGAUCUAUUAAUGUUGUAUUAGAAAGUCAGCUUUGGAAAAAAUGAUAUAGAGUAAACAAUCUCACGCAAGGUUUCUGUCCACUGAAUACAUAACAGAAUAAAUUGUCCACAAACUACCAUGUUGUCGACUAUGGAAACAAAUGUGGCGGGUAUCUUCCCACCUUCUGCCGAAGACUUCACCAAAGAUGACAGCUCUGAACCUCCGAAGAUCUAUUUACACCAACUAUUUGAACAUGCAGCAGAGCAAUCGAAAAGCAGCACUGCCGUGGUCUGUGGCGAUGCUUCGUUAACAUAUGGGCAAUUGAACGAACUAGCGGACCGUCUAGCAAAAGGCCUGAUAAAGCUAAAGGUUGGGAGAGGUGAUCUCAUCGGUGUGAUUCUAGGCCGUUCUGUCAUUCUCGUUGCAGUGUUGCUGGCGGUCUUGAAGACCGGGGCCGCAUACAUGCCCGUUGACUCAGCUUUUCCUGCGGAGCGCAUAUUCCGUAUGGUUGAAGAUGCUGGUCCGAAAUUUCUCCUUGUUGAGCAUGGACUGCUCGAGACUUUCCGCCGGGGGACAACCGUAUGUCUAGGGGUCGAAGAUGUUUUAAUUGCUGAUAUCACAAAGACCAACAAGAUAGACUCCGAGGUUGUAGUCCAGGGCCAAGAUCUGGCGUAUGUAAUUUACACGUCAGGCUCGACAGGAAAACCGAAAGGCGUUGAGGUCACGCAUGGCAAUCUCUUGAAUCUUCUCUUAGCCAUGAGAGAGAAACCAGGAUGCAGCAAGACAGAUCGGCUACUUGCAAUCACUACAGUAUCUUUUGAUAUGGCCGUCCCGGAGCUAUUUUUGCCAUUAAUCUGUGGAGGAACCACAAUCGUCGCCCGGAACAAUGAAAUCAGAGAUCCAACCGCUCUUGUUGAACUGAUGGCAUGUCACAAAGCCACCAUCAUGCAAGGGACACCUGCUAUUUGGCAAAUGCUCUUAGACUCAGGGUGGGAGGGUCAACCCAGGCUUAUGAAGAUCUUCUGCGGCGGCGAGGCCUUGUCGCGAACACUUGCUGAUCGAUUAUUGACAUGUGGCAAAGUGGUAUGGAACAUGUAUGGGCCAACUGAGGCUACUGUGUACGCAGCCACUUGGAGGGUGCGCGAGCAUGGCGAUAUCUCCAUCGGGCAGCCAAUCUCGAACAGCUUUCUCUACGUCCUCGACGGGAAUUUGUCCGCCGUACCUCAUGGAUCUGUUGGGGAGCUAUUCAUAGGAGGAGCAGGUGUGGCUCGUGGAUAUCGUAACAAGGACGAGCUAACCCGCUCUCAUUUUCUCAAGAAUCCAUUGCACGAAGGUAUGAUAUACCGGACUGGUGAUCUUGUGCGUUAUUCGAAGGCCGGUCUGCUCUGUGUCGGUCGCAUUGACAGACAAGUGAAAGUCCGCGGUUAUAGAAUCGAACUGGGUGAUAUUGAGGCAGCCUUGACAGACAGCGAGAUGGUCUCCGCGGCGGUUGUGAUAUAUCGCGGAGAGCGAUUGGUGGCAUACUGCGUCCGAGGCCCCAAGGGGCUCAGGGACGCUGAGGCCGAAGCUGCCACGUCUCUUGAUCAUAUGCUGCGUCCAUGGCUAGCUGAACGAUUGCCGACUUAUAUGAUUCCAUCAUUCUUUGUCCAGUUGAAUGCGUUGCCGAUCACUAUCAACGGAAAGGUUGACAGAGAUGCAUUACCAGAUCUAACAACGCUAUUUGGGGUCACGAAGGAUGAAAAUACCACUAGAAAUACGGAAGGUCAAUUGCUCGAGAUCUGGUCUGAUAUCCUUGGUCAUCGUCAAAUUACCAUUCUUGAUAACUUCUUUGAGAUCGGCGGCGACUCCAUACGUGUAGUGCGUGUCCAGAAAGAAAUCCACAAACAGCUACGCAGGCUGAUACCAGUGGCCAAGCUUUUCGAGAAAUAUACGAUCAAAACACUGGCGGCAUAUCUAGAAUGCCAAUCUCCCUUAUCUCACCGUGAAGUUGUUUCGCGACCGACAAUGGCUACUGGAGGUGAUGAUAUUGCUGUAAUUUCCAUGGCAUGUCGUCUUCCAGGAGACAUAUACUCACCAGAACAAUUUUGGGACUUGCUCGUCAAUGAUGGUGAUGCUAUUUCAGAUGUGCCGGAAGAUCGUUGGGAUGAUAAUGAUCUCUUUGGUUCCGAACACCCAUAUUGCCGAAAGGGGGGAUUCAUUCGUUCUAUCAACGCCUAUGACACGGCCUUUUUCGGUAUCUCACCGCGUGAGGCGCGCGUCUUAGAUCCAUCACAUUACAUGAUGCUGGAAACAUGCUGGGAAGGAUUCGAACGGGCGGGAUACACUGUGGAACAGUUACGUGGCAGUCAGACCGGCGUGUUUAUCGGCGUUAGCAACAUUCUUGGUCACCUUGGAUUAAGCCCAAAUAUGAGCAGAAGCCCAGGGGACCUCGAUGGAUAUACUGUUACAGGGUCCGCGGGUGGUACUAUCUCCGGUCGUAUCUCGUAUCACAUGGGCUUCGAGGGACCUGCGAUGACGAUCGAUACCGCGUGCUCCUCGUCGCUGGUCACCACUCACUUAGCUUGUACUGCACUACGCCAGGGGGAGUGCGAUAUGGCUGUGUCAGGUGGCGUAAGCUUGUUAUUGAACCAAGGUUUGCAUGUUGAGUUUGGCAAGCUUGGGGGCAUGUCAUCAGAUGGCCAUUGCCGAUCGUUCUCCGCCGACGCGGAUGGGACAGGGUGGGCUGAAGGAAGUGUAGUUGUCAUUCUUAAACGCCUAUCCGAUGCGGAACGAGACGGCGAUAAUAUUCAUGCCACAAUACGCGGCACUGCUGUCAACCAUGACGGUCGCAGCGCUAGCUUGACAACACCAAACGGCCCAGCACAACGACGACUUAUCCGUACAGCGUUGCAAGCGGCAAAGCUGCGGCCGGAGCAGAUUGACUACAUAGAAGCCCAUGGCACUGGGACUAAAUUAGGUGAUCCAAUCGAGGCUACCGCAUGCGCGGAAGUAUUUGGUCCCGGGCGAACUGGGAAGCCUCUUCUGAUUGGAUCAGUCAAAUCUAAUAUUGGCCACACUCAAGCUGCCGCUGGACUGGCAGGUCUGAUAAAGGUCAUAUUAUCCAUGCAGCAUGAUACCUUGCCACGGACGUUACACAUUACCAAGCCUGUUCAAGAAGUGUCCUGGCAAGAGGCUAAUAUGCUACCCACGUCGAGUCGACAGCCAUGGCCAGCGCAAAGAGAUCGACUGCGGCGAGCAGGCGUCUCUGCGUUUGGGAUAGGCGGUACAAAUGCCCACAUCAUAAUCGAAGAGCCUCCAAUAAGACCAGAAGCUAUGAAAAAUACCGAGAAAACACAUUCUUCGCUGUCGAGCAUACCAUUCCUUCUGUCCGGUCAUACCGAUGAAGUGUUACGAACGCAGGCGAGGCGGCUUCGACAGUAUAUCAAUAGUGCUGUUGAAGAAAGAGAUCUUCGCGAUGUGGCAUACUCGUUGGCGACCAGGCGAACUCAUUUCCGAAGGAGAUUGGUGGUGAUGGCCCGCAAUAAGGCGGAUCUGUUAGUGAAUAUGCAGUCGACCAUUGAAGAUGAAUCGUUCCCAACAUCUGAAGGUAUAUUUCCUCAAGCGCCUCGACUUGCCAUGUUAUUCACAGGCCAAGGCAGUCAGUGGGCAGGCAUGGGAAAAGAUGUCUGCGAGGUCUACCCCGUCUUUCGCGAAGCGUUAAUUGAGGUAGCAGCGAAUUUUGCUAACUUUGACUUGCCGUUACUUGAGAUUAUGUGGUCGGAUCCUGGCAGCCCUAGUGCGGCGUUACUGGACCGUCGUACUGACGUUGCCCAGGCUGCGAUAUUCACACUAGAGGUGGCGUUAUGGCGAUUAUGGAUGAGCUGGGGUGUGACACCAGAGUUCGUCAUUGGCCAUAGCCUGGGCGAGUUGGUUGCUGCACAUGUGGCGGGUAUCUUCAGUCUGGCCGAUGCUUGCAGAUUAGUUGCGGCGCGUGGUCGGUUGAUGCAGGUCCAAUCUGGAAAAGACAGUAGCAUGGCGUCGCUCGAGGCCAGCUCUGCCGAAGUAGAAGCGGUGAUUCGAUCUUUGGGCCAGAGUGAUAGAGUUGAGAGCGCCUUAUUCAACACACCGAUGCAGACAGUCAUUUCUGGUGAUGCCGAUGGUGUCAAUGAAGUCAUGCACCAUUUCGCGCGACUGGAACGGAAGACCAAGAUGAUAAUCGUCGGACAUGCAUUCCAUUCACGUUCUAUGGAUGGUGUUCUAGAGGAGUACCGAGCUGUAGCAGAGACCAUAGAAUAUCAGCAUGCCAAACUACGUAUCGUCAGUGGCGUCGACGGUAGAAUGGCUAAUGCGGGUAUCCUCGAAAACGCCGACUAUUGGGUGAGACAAAUGCGCGAGCCAGUGCGUUUCAAUGAAGGUAUCCGGACGUUGGCAAGUCAUGGAGUCAACAUUUUUCUUGAGCUGGGGCCCGGCACAGCGCUCUGCGGUAUGGGGGCUCAAUCUCUUGAAGUCACAGGUACAGGUAACAACAUGGUUUGGCUGUCAUCUCUCAAGACUGCUAAGGAUGGUUCAUCGGCCCUUCAACGAAGUUGUGCUGAUCUGCACUCACUACGGGUCCCAAUCAACUGGCAAUCUUACUUCGCCCCAUUUGGAUGCCGACGUGUCGAGCUGCCGACGCAUGUAUUCCAGCGAGAUUAUGUUCUUCCAUCCCGCCGACCAUCGCAAACCGUAAACACAGCUGCCACUAGCACAUCAUCCUAUCAGCGCCAACUGCAACAAAAUCUUCAAUACGAAGUGCAAUGGCACUCGAUCAGGCCUAAUGAUGCAGUUCAUCCUCAGGGUGCUUGGGGCGUCUUGCUUCCACGUAGGCAUCCUACAACAGCUUGGGCGAAGAAGGUCACAAACGCCCUUUCACAGGUUGGCAUACAGUUUCUCUACCCUGACCGGCUUGAACAUGCCAGUCAUCUAGAUGGGUUGAUAUGUUUCUGGGAUUCAGGUUCCGAGACAUUAUCCCAGACUCGAGAAUUCGUUGCUGAAGCACUCGACCAACUACGAACUUCAAUCAGGAUUCAGCUCGCCCCCUGGUUGAUAUGGAUGACUCGCCUAGCUGUCGGAACCGGGGUGAAAUCUGACGAUCAUGAUAUAAGACUUGGAGCAACACCAUUGCUAGGAAUGAUGAGAACGGUGAGAAACGAACACCCGGAGUUACGCUUGCGCAUUCUGGAUUUAGACGAUGACCCGAGGCCGGACUCGAUUGCGUCGGCGAUGCUGCUUAACGCAGAACCGGAAUGCGUCAUCCGUCAAGGACGAAUAUUGGUUCCAAGAAUGCAACACAGCAUUACUGGGACCGAAAGAAAAUCAUUCAUAAGGCCCGACGGUGCAGUUCUGAUAACGGGUGGCCUUGGUAGUAUCGGAUCCUAUGUUGCACAGUGGCUGGUGAGUAAACAUGGUAUCCGCGAUCUGGUACUUAUCUCUCGCCGCGGUAUGAAUAAUUCUAGCGCGAAAAAACUGGUAGAGAAGAUCUCCGUCGCCGGUGCCAAGGCUACUGUUAUUACCGGCGACGUAACCGACCCGAUCCUGAUGCGUUCGAUCAUGGAAGAAUUUCACACGGACCGACCCCUGCGAGGUGUCAUCCAUGCGGCUGGGACAACGGAUCCAGGAGUCUUCCUAGCCAUGACACCAGAACGAUGUGAAACAACACUGUCGCCUAAAGUAGAUGGCGCCUUGCUCUUGCAUCAAUAUACUAAAGAUAUGGAUCUAGACGCCUUUGUAAUGUUUUCUUCCAUCGCUGGCAUCGUGGGCAUGCCAGGUCUCGCCAACUACGCUGCAGCGAAUACGUUUCUUGACGCAUUAGCUCAGUUACGACAAGCUCGGGGCUUACCUGCAACAUCGAUAGCUUAUGGGACAUGGGCUGGAGAUGGGAUGGCGUCAAGGUUGAGUUUGAACGCGAAUACCUACCUUGCUCGUUUUGGUGUCGACUUCCUGACUACCGAUCAGGGCCUAGAAGUUCUUGAACAAGCGGUGAUGAGCACUAGAGCUCUAACUGUGGCGACCUCGCUUCAUCUUGGACAGCUUCGGAAGUAUUGUGAGGAACAAGACAAAAUCCCACCACUUUUUAAUACUCUCUUAGCCCGCUUUGACAUGAAGGCAUCCCAGCGGCGGGAUCUUGGCGUGAUAUUGAAAGAUGUCGAACCUAAUAAGCGGGCGAGCGUUGUAAUAAAUAUGAUUCGGGAAGUAGUCGCUAAGACCUUGGCCUUUAAGCACCCACGCGACGUUGAUAUCGACCGCCCCUUGCAAGAAAUCGGUAUCGAUUCGCUAGCAGCGGUACAGAUUCGCAAUGGCUUAGGGGCACUAACAGGCCUGAUGCUUUCCAUAAACGCUAUCUCCCUCAGCCCAAGUCUCAGGUCGCUCGGCCAGUCUCUACUGUCCCAAUUACAGGGCAACGGGACAUUAUCCCCUGCGCCAGCUUCAGGUACUGUGACUCCUGCGACUACAAUAUCGGAGUCAGUUCAUCUGGACCCAGAGUGGCUCCUCAACGGCGACCUUGACAGCAGCAUUGCAUUCGACAAUGUCAGAAAGGACCCGGCUUCGUAUACGGUAUGCCCUAAGUCCGUGCUUCUAACGGGCGCCACGGGCUUUGUCGGUGCAUUCAUCUUACACGAGCUACUAAAGCGGGGAAUCAUGACAUUUUGCCUUGUCCGCGUCCACGGCGAUAUUACUGAACUGGCCCAACGACGGAUUGUGAACACACUGAAGGAUUAUAAUCUUUGGGAAUCCGACUUCACGUCAUUCGUUAGGCCGAUACCCGGAGAUAUAGCUAAGCCCUUUCUUGGCUUGACUAGGGAGGUUUUUGACGAUCUAGCAGAAAUACUUGACGCUAUCUGCCACUGUGGCGGCCUUGUCGACUGGGUGAGGCCUCUACACGACUAUAUUGGCCCGAAUGUGAUCAGUACGCACGAGAUUCUGCGACUCGCCUCUCGCGGCCGGGCCAAGUCGGUCCAUCUCGUGUCAACGAUCUCAACAAUACCUAAGCACAUGGGCCUCGGCCUUACCGAAAAUGACCGGGAAUACGGCUAUGGGACAUCCAAAUACGCAGCCGAAAGGAUGGUCUCCGCGGCGCGGUGGCGAGGUGCGAAAGCCUCUGUUUAUCGUUUACCUUUCGUCACUGCCUCAACCAAGACUGGCGAUUUCCGCCACGACCGUGGUGAUUUUUUGCACAACUUCAUUGUGGGUAACUUAGAUAUGGGGGCGUUCCCGUUAUUAGACCCAUCCGUCACAAUGUCCUCAGUGCUGCCUGUGGAUUAUGUCAGUGCAACCAUCGUUUCCGCGAUGGCGCAGGAUCUGAACAGAUUAGGUCGUGACUAUGACUUUUCAAACACGCGGGCGCCUACAUUUAACGACUUCUUCCAGUUGCUAAGCAAUAAUACUAGCCACGGGAAAGACGUCGUGAGCUUCAGCGUAUGGAAGCAACGAGCCGAAGAUUAUGCUAGGGCAUACCCAUCAAGUCCUCUGGCUCGUAUCGCUGCCGUCCUCGAUGUUUACUCUGACAAUACAGCUAGCGAGUUAUUCAAAGGUCAUUCUUGUAGCCGAGAGAAUGUUUUUGGCGGCGAAGCUUAUCUUGCCCCGCCUCUCGACGAGCACUUCGCGCGAACUUAUCUGAAUCGUAUUAGCCAUGGACACCAGAGAGUCUAGUCAGUAAGAAAAGCUGGGUAGCAAACAGAGAAGCGGGAAUUCGAGUCAUACAACAAGAGGAAAAGCCCGCAUACAGCGCAA